GGGGGGGGGGGGGGGGGGGGCACCGCCUUCACCGACCCCCCCGAGCAGGUGCCCGAGGCCGUGUCCAACAAGAAGCGCUGCGUGAAGGUGCUGAAGCAGGAGCUGGGCGGACUGGGCAUCAGCAUCAAGGGGGGCAAGGAGAACAAGAUGCCCAUCCUCAUCAGCAAGAUCUUCAAGGGGCUGGCGGCCGACCAGACCCAGGCUCUCUACGUGGGCGAUGCCAUCCUGGCCGUGAACGGCACCGACCUGCGGGAUGCCACUCACGACGAGGCGGUGCAGGCGCUCAAACGGGCCGGCAAGGAGGUGCUGCUGGAAGUGAAAUACAUGAGAGAAGCCACCCCCUAUGUGAAGAAAGGCUCCCCGGUGUCGGAGAUCGGGUGGGAGACGCCUCCCCCCGAGUCCCCGCGCCUGGGCUGUGCCUCUGCUGAGCCCCCGGCGCAGCUCCAGCUCUCCAUCCACAGGGACAGGAAGACCAUUCCCCUCAAGAUGUGCUACGUGACACGCAACGUGACAGUGGCAGACCCCGAACACAGAAUUAUUGAAGUUCAUUCACCUGAUGCCAAGCACACCGUGGUGCUCAGGAGUAAGGAUUCAGCCACAGCCCAGGCCUGGUUCAAUGCCAUCCACUCCAGUGUCAAUGAGCUCAUCCCCAGGGUGAUUGCAGAGGUCAGAGACCAGCUGGGUAAAACAGGGAUUGCUGGAAGUCGAGAGAUUAGGCAUCUAGGCUGGCUUGCAGAAAAGGUGCCAGGAGACAACGAGAAGCACUGGAAGCCAGUGUUAGUGGUUUUGACAGAGAAAGACCUCCUAAUAUAUGAGAGCAUGCCACGGAUGAAGGAAGCCUGGUUCAGCCCUGUGCAUACCUACCCCCUGCUCGCCACCAGGCUGGUUCAUUCUGGCCCAGGAAAAGGCUCACCGAAGUCAGGGGUGGAUUUGUCUUUCGCAACGCGUACCGGUACAAGACAAGGGAUUGAAACUCAUCUGUUCAGGACUGAGACCAGUCGAGACCUCUCAUUGUGGACGAGGAGUGUAGUGCAGGGCUGCCACAACUCUGCAGAGCUCAUCACAGAAAUCACCACAUCUUGCACAUACAAAAGCCAGGAGUGCCGCUUGACCAUCCACUAUGAACACGGAUUCUCUCUUACAACUGAACCACAAGAUGGUGCCUUCUCCAAGACAAUUGCACAAUAUCCCUACGAAAAACUGAAAAUGUCCUCAGAUGAUGGCAUAAGGAUGCUUUAUUUAGACUUUGGAGAAAAAGAUGGAGAAAUUCAACUGGACCUUCAUUCCUGUCCAAAACCAAUUGUUUUCAUCAUUCAUUCCUUCCUGUCAGCAAAGAUCACAAGACUGGGCUUGGUGGCAUAAGUGGGAUCCAUCUGUUUCUUCAAAGAGAGACGGGGUAACCACAGUAAUAUGAAGUACAGUCAACAGCAGCAACCUGUCCCAGCUGGCAGCAGACACCAGCCUGGGACUCAGGACUGGGCAUUGGUCAUUUCUGCAGUCCUCCAAGGCCCGGGUUUCAUUUUGACCAGCUAAAGAGAUGGAAUGACAAGGAGAGGGGGGAUUUCAUUGUAAAUAAUGGGAUUUUAAAAUCCCAAGUGAGACCAUAAAAGCCUGUAGUACCAUACAUAUAAAUGUUUCAGAAUCAUAAAUUGUGCCUAUUUCAAUGUACUUGUCUAUAUAAAGUAAAGGGCUAUGCAGACAUGAGCACUUGUUGGUUGUGAUGCAAGCCAAGGUUGGUUGGGGAAAAAUCCUCUAAAGAUUGUCCCAUUACCUGAAAGUAAAAGGUUCUUUCAGUUAUAAUCUGUGCACCUCUUACAGAAGAUUUUUCUUUUGGAGCACUGCCAGAACCUGGCAUGAAUACCCAGAGCCUGCAAAUAAACACCUUGGAAUUGGACACUGAAGCAAUCCAGCUGUGGUCAGGUAACAGCUGGAGGGCCCCUGCCAGGUGCAGUUUCACAUGUUUCACAUUCAGCAGUAACCACAUGUCACCCACAUUCCCAGUGAUGGAGCCAAAGCAGGACCAGCCACAGGGGUGGUACUGAGAGCCAGCUGUCAGGGGAGACAGGCAGGAGUGUCCUUUGUUAAUGAGCAUAGGAACCAUUUUUAUAGUGACUUCCCAGAAUAGCUUAAUGUGUUUCAGCACUCUGGGAGUCCCAGCUCAGGUAGAAGUUACCUGAAUCCAUUCUGAGGCAUGAUGAUGCUUCUGCCAGCAUAUCUCCAUGGCAGUUUUCCAGUAGAAAGCCAUACUAAGAUUCUGUCCUCCUACCCCUACUGAGUCAGCCCCUUUGCUCAGACAAGGCUGGCUGUAUAGUCUUCAUAGAACAAACACAGGGAAGGAGGAAGACUUGAUUUUAUGAGCUUUUGAAAAAUUUAUUGAAGCAGCUCCACAACAGUGAGAAACAUAAACCAGGGCAGGAACAUGAGCUGCAAUCCUUGACAUGGAGCUGCUCCUGUAGGCAUGACUUGGCAAGACCAGAUUUCUUGCUGGGGAAGUACAAAAUUGUUCAUGUCCAUGCCCACAACUUACUGGUGACUGUUUUGCACCACAGCUUACUGUUGUGACUCAAAGCAUGAUUCACUGAGUUUCAGCCUUAUUCACAGCUACUUGAGCAGCCAAAAGCAGGCAGGAACACUGACCUUCAGCACCACAGAUGAUACACACAGCUUGCACCUGGAAGUAAUAAACUGGCAUCAUGUGACCUGGUGGGAAUAGGAAGAAGCAAAACAGGGAUGCCACUUAUGUUGUUGUUCUUUUGUAAAAAGAAAGCUUCACACAGGGGUGAGGUUCUGUCUGCUUUUAGAGUUUUGCCCUAAAUUCCCACUUUGAAGGACAGGAAGUAAUGUACAGGAAUGUACAGGUAGUAAUAUGUUCAGUGUUUGUGGAUGUUCUGUUUUCAUAUUACAACUUUUUUUUUUUUUUAAUUCCUGAGAAAGCACACAAAUUUCAACUUAGCAUCACUUGGUAGAAACUUAAAAACACAUUUUGGUUCCAUGUUGUUUUUAAGCUAAGUUUGAGAGUUAAGCAUAAGUCAUGCUGUCUAUUCACAGCAUAAGAACAGGGUGAUUUCCAUAGGUAUCUUAAUCAUCAAAACCAAGUAAAAUAUUAGGAUGAUGGGUUGAAUUCAUAAAUACAGAAAAUAGUCACUGAAGAACAGCUCAAUGCCCCACUGGAAGAGCAGUCCCAUUCCCAGCACCUCUCACCAGUCAAAGGCACGCCUUUUGGCGUGGGGAAGGAUCCACCCAGCUCUGCACUUUCAUUUUAUUCUCAUGGUACUUGCACUUAAAAAUUAAUUCCUCAUGUAGAUUAACAAGGUAGGAGGUAACAUGUUGCAUAACUUACCAGUAAUUUCCAGAUGGACAUUUCUCAUUUAGUGCCCACUGCCACUCACACUUUCUGUGGCAGUUACCUGGGACUCCUUGGGCUUGGAAGCUUCUGGGAGAGAUCUGAGAAGCUGAGAGCAGUCGGUACGCAGGGGGACAGGACUCUGAGGAGGAGCUCAUGUCACCCUAUCAAGGAAACUGUUGUGUGAAGUCUUUAAAAACAAGUUCAGGACAUUUUUUAUUGCUGUUCCAAAGUAUAACUUAAAAAUUUGGAGACAGGCUCCUAUAAAAGUUCCAGAGGUUGAAGUGAAAACUUGCAUUCUGGGCAGGUAGGUUAAAUACAUAUGUAAACUAUACUGCACUAUUUCCUUAUUCCUUUUAACACUUACAAAUCACUGGAAUGUUACACCUAACAUGUAUGUGCAUUGUAAAUAUUACAAAUUCCUGUAUUAGUGCCAACAAUGAAAUGACACAAAAUGUAAUCUAAGGUGCUCAGUACUAUAUGAAGUCUAAGUGAAUAACUAAG